AAUUAUGAUAUCAUUAUUUAAACUGCUAAGAAGUGAUUAGUUUAGAAGUUUUAAAGUGAUUCUUAACUUAAUUAUUUUUCUUAAUAAUAAUGUUUAAAAUUACAUCUAUUUUUAUAACAGUAUAUUUACUGGCAAUUGGCGUACAAUCAAAACAAUGUCCAUUAAUCCAAUCGAUGGGUGACAUCAAUGGACCAGCUUUUAUGGGACUGUGGUAUCAAUUGGAGAGAUAUCCAGACAUUUUCGAGACGGGAUUCAAGUGUCAAACAGCAAACUAUUCAUUGAAUACCGACGGGACUGUCAAUAUAACACACAAUGAAUACACUGAUGUAGGUGAUUAUGAGAUAAGUUAUCAUGGUUAUGGCAUACCGCAGCCUAACAAUCCUUCUAAUGUUACGGAAAUUUUUCCUGAAUUCCCACCAAUGAAUGCAAAUGUGUUGGUUGUGGCCACCGAUUAUGUCUCGUAUGCGUUGACCUAUUCGUGCCGUAAUUUGCCAUUCAAUCAGAGAUAUGAAAAUGCGUGGAUUUUAGGCCGAAAUAAGACCAUAUCAUCGAUAAGUCCGCAAACUCUGUCACAACUGAAACAAAUGUUAAGUUCAAAGGGCAGUUCAGUUCAAAAAUUUCGGUUAACCACUCAAGACUGCGACAAUUAAUGUGACAACUAUAUAACUUUUACAAAAAUAAAAUAAUAAAACUUUUACAAAACUAUAUUAUAAAACAUUGUAUAAAUAAAUAAUUGUAAAAGUUUAUUAACUACAAAAUAAAAAUCAUAUUACCGGUAAUCCUACAGAUUGGA